AUGCCAGAUCCCAUGGACCCCGAAUCUUCUGAUAGUGAUGUCUCCGUCGGAGGAGGAGAUGAAUACAGAUUUGCAAGCCCCCUGACAGCCCCAAUACCUCUACCGCCACCGCCAUCGAAGCAGGCUCUCGAAUCAUCCGACGCCCUUCAAGCCCGUCUGGACGAAUUACAGCGUGUAGAAGAGCACAACUUCAAAAAAUACGAUCUCUUGAAAGCUAAGCGCGCCCGUAAGGACGAGAAGAUUCGUCGGAAGCGCGAAAUUCAAGACAAGAAAUGGGCUGCCAUUAUUGAUGCCCGUCAGCGUCGGGAUGCUCGAAUUGAAGCUCGUCGAAAACGAGAAGAUGCUGCCUUCUCUCAGUUUUUUGAUCAUGAACUCGAGGAGGAAGAGAAUCAUCUCCGUCGUCGCUUGAAGCGUCUCAAACGAGGAUUGCCACCCGAGGAAUCCCCUCAACCAGGUGUCAGAAGUAUAUCCUCAGCAUCAAUGUCACCACCUGGUCCAUCAUUGUCAACACUUCCUCCACCUCCGAAACGUCAUCAAGUCGGCCCGCCCGGUCAACCUGAUGCAAUUAAUCCUUCUCAGUCCCGACCUCCACCAUCAUCCAGCCUCCCAGCGCCUUCCAAAUCAACUGCACCGGGGGCUCCGUAUUCCUCUUACUAUCGAGAUCCUUCUUCCUCCUAUUCGAGACCUUUUCAUCAUUCGUCUUCGUAUUCAACCACACCUAAUACCGCGUCUACCACCACCACCACUACGAACGGUUUAGCACAAUCUUCCCAGCCGCCCACCGAUCGGCCACAAUUGAACCACCUAGGCCGGCCGGCGUCGCCACUCUCGAGAACAAUCCCAAGCACCCAAUCUCCUGCCACGCCAGCAGCAGCAGCAAGCACCAUGCCACCGAGACAAACAUCGUCGAGCUAUGACACACGACCACCACCCACGACCUCUUCAGGGUUUGCCUCGAUAAAUGCGCCACCUACAUCUGGGUUCGCCACAAUCAACCCAAGACAUGCCGUAACACCACCCGCCUCUCAUGCAGGUGUACCACGACCUGGACCUGAAUUGGAAGCAACUAAGGCACCAGGUCACCAGAUUGUCAAUAAAAGUCUGGACAACAAUCGAUUCCAUCCAUACAACAACAGUGCUCCAAAUAGUGGAUCGGCUCCUUCUUCCACCAGUACCACCAAACGCACACCUUCGACGACCCAUCCCUAUCAAAUGUCGGAGGCCUUUGCUAAUAGACAUCACCAUUGCGAACGAGUGGACAGUCUGAAUCGCGGCAUUUGGACUUCCUAUGGCGUUGGAGGGACGCAAGAGAAUCCAACGGGACCCGCCGUGGAAAUGUAUCUACGUUGCAACCACGACGGAUGUUCACGCAUAGAUUGGCGAACUGUCCAUGGUCUGCAAUGCCAUAUUGUGAAAAAUCAUGAUCAACCCAAGGGAACCAUCGGUAGUCUCGACAAAGCAUUGGAAAAAUACGGUGUUCCGGUUAAAGAGGUUGAAGAUUAUGAACGGGAACACGGGAGAGGAACUGCGGGCCAGCUGGCUGAUCCCAAAAACCACAAGAUCAAGAUCAAAACCAAGGAAGUAUUGGCACCUGGUCCUAGUCCGUACGUCAGAAAGAGCACGCCGGGUUCUUAUGGCAUCGAUCCCCAAGCUAGACCGGCCGGUUACAGACCAAGUCCGGCAUCGACUGAAAGUCCCACAAUGUCUGACGGGGUCAAACAUAGUCCAUUGACGGCAAUGACCAAUGGCUUCCAGAAAUUUGCGCCUUCACCAUCAGAUGAUGAUGCGGCCCGAAAGUCAACACCUCAAACGGCAACAUCAUCUCCAGCAAGCGCAUUUACAGCCAUCAGACCAGACUGGCAUCAUUCUAGUGCUUUUUCGCAACAGACGCCAUCAAGGAUUGAACCAGAACCGAAGAGAUUGCAAGGCGAUUUUGGAAUGACAGAUGUGGCAGUGAAAGAACAACCGCCUUCCUCUCGGCCCGAAAUUCCAAAUGGACAAAUGCAGCCAGCACCUCCUUUGCCGGUUGAUCCAAAGACGUCCCGACCAGAAUCAUCCGGCACUCUUUCAGUUGUUGAACCUUCCAUGCCUAUCACAGCUCCAGAAAUUCCGGCUGCUGUGAGAACCGAACCAUCCAAUCCCCAAUCUACAACAUUGCCGCCAAUUCCAAACCACACAAAGACUGAGGAAACGGACAAGACUGAACCAAGGGGAGAUGGACCUGCUCCUGCGCUACAUACUACCCCGGACAAAGAUGGCGAUGUGCACAUGACGGAAAUGACAGAGGAGGUCCUGGAAAGGAAAGCGGAUGAGAAAGUCAAUGGGUUGGAAAGUGAAAAGCUGCCUGCAAACGAAGGUCCUGCUCAAACAGAGGAUACCACCGAAGACCACUCUGAGACAAUUAUUGUUGAUGGCGACGCUGGAAAGGAUGCUAAUGCAUCAGCCGCUAGAAAAUCAUCUAUUCAAUCUCCAGUCAUGACAAAGACCACUCUCCCUCUUACACCUGGAAGCGCUAGACGAUUGAGUCGAAGAUCUAGUCUGGCGAGGAAAUCGGCUGAUGCUGAAGCCGAGAACGAAAAGGACGAAAAAGAUGACAAGGAUGAGAAAAGCGAGAGAGAUAGCGUUAGAAACGAGCCAAGACGAUCGAUUAGUGGACGGUUAUUGCGCAGAGGCCGGGUUUAG